AUUUAUAACUGAUUGUGAGAGACCCUCGACAAUUCAUACGUCGCAUAUCCAUACACGCUCGACUGUUCUUUGUAUUGACCCACCCACACCCCCAUUCGCGGAGUAUUCGUCUCAGAUUGCUCUCAACUUUCGUGGCCGAUCGUCGUCGGAGGAGACAAAGAGCCAAGUCGAGCGUCAAAUAUCUACCUGCCUGCUUCGACUCGUCGUCGAGUAUCGUCGAGAAUCAACGGAUCGAUCAUGCGGCAGCGCGUAUUGCGUUUCUGUGCGACGCGGGGUCGUCGCGGGAACGCAGCGCCCUGAGAAAGGAAAAAGGGAUCCGCGAGCGAGGAUCUCGGACGGACGGGACUGUCAGAUUGAUCGCGCAUUCAUUCGCCUGGGCGUCACUGGAGGCGUAUCGGCACGACACAUCGUGGCAUGUCGCAUGUCCCGACGACGUGCCGAGAGAUAACUUAUGACAGGUGAAUGUUCUAUCCUGGACGGAACAAUGACUUCGGGUUACUUUGCUUUGCCGAUUAAUAUGGACAGAGUGUGCAGGAUUUGUCUCACCGAGGGUACUAAUCUAUCGCCGAUCUUCUCAGCUAAUCAAGAAGUAAACAAUUUCUCAGGUCUCUCUCAGAAGAUACAAGUCUGCGGUUCAAUCGAGAUACAUGAACAGGAUGGAUUACCUUCUUUAAUAUGCGACGUUUGUAUUUAUAAGGCGAGCGUUGCGCACGAAUUCAGACAACAGUGUCAACAUUCUGAUACAAGAUUACGCAUGUACUAUAAUAAGCCUGCUAAAUGUAAUAUCACGGAUUCUUACACACAGACGGAUCUACAAACGAGAUUUGUGCUAUCGAAAAAGGCAGAUCAUAUUGAAGAGGAUUAUUUUGUGAAACAAGACAUGCAGGUCGUCGCAAAUCCACAAGAAUAUAUCCAAUCCACUGACUCGUUUUCCAGAGGCGAAAUCAGUCUAAAUACCAAUCAAAUUCAUAUGUCAGAUGACAAGCUGUUUAUAUGUUCUAUUGGAUUUGAAGGGAGUAAGGAGGAAGCGAAGGAUUCUUGCAUAUCAGAGAACGAGGUUCACCAGAUGACAAUUGUGCAGGAAGACGCACAGGAAGAUGCGUCUAACAUUAUGAAUCUACAAAAUAAAGAUGACGAGAUCAAGGAAGUUGAUCAGUAUGUAGAGAAGGACAGUACAGAACAGGAGGAUUUUAUGAUGUUGACGAUAACAAGCGAGCCUAUAAUACCGUUUGAUCAUUUCUUCAGAGUUAAUUGGCAAGGCGAGGACGGCACUGCCGAAAUCAAUAAUCGACUGAUUUACAUUGUAUCCGCAGUGAAAAGGAUUGAAAGAUCGCAGAAGCAAAGGAGAAGCGUACACCGCCAGAUCAUGCGCUACACGAAACCGUUGGAAGUGGAGACGGUGAAUUACGAGACUUCGCGUUAA